GUAUGCAGAAGGGACACUUCUGCUUUUUAUUUGGAGCUUCUGAGGAGAUAAAGAGCUGGAAAGGACAACUUGUUCCUCAUCUUCGAUUCCCUUCACCUGCAUCACCACCUGUCUGGGGAAUAGACAUCAUCCCAAAACAAGGUUUUAAUUUAAACCUUCAUCACUUCCUUUCAAGAUGAAUAAUCAGGAGGUGACUUAUUCAAACUCAAGAGUUUUUGAGACUUCUUCAGAGUCACAGAAUCCAGCCAGUACUGAGGAGACUCAAGGUCGCAGAGAGGUUGGAGAAAAAGUGGCUCUCGGGAUCCUUUGCUUACUUUUGAUGAUGGCAAUCUCAGUGUGGCUGAUAUACAUUUUUCAGUAUAGUCAAGAAAAUCAUGAAUUGAAGAAAACUCUAAAUAAUUGCCAUCAAAAAGAAUUCAACAUCAAGCAAAAUGACAGCUACUUAAAGGAUGAAAUGUUGAGAAACAAGUCUAUAGAACUUGAGGCCCUCAAAAAGUAUCUGGACUCCCUCAACAGAAAACAGAACAGAUGCCAUGGGGAAACUAAAGUUGUUUUAGAUUGCAAACAGCCCUCAGGUAAACAUGUUGAAGCAGAGUGGUUCUGCUGUGGCAUAAAAUGUUAUUAUUUCAUUAUGGACAAGGAAAGCUGGAAUGGAUGCAAGCAGACCUGCCAGGACUGCAGCUUAUCCCUUUUGAAGAUAGAGGAUGAUGAUGAACUGAAAUUCCUUCAGCUACAAAUUAAUCCAAAGAGUUACUGGAUUGGAUUAUCAUAUGAUACAAGAAGAAAAUGGCAAUGGAUUGAUGAUGGCCCAUCUAAACUUGACUUGAACAUAAUGAAUUUCAAUCCUAACUCUAGGAGAUGUGCAUUUCUGUCUAAAACAAGAAUAGAUGAUGCUGGAUGUGAUCAACUCUACCACUGUGUCUGUGAGAAGAGAAUUUCCAUUCCCUGAUUCACUGUCCAGCAAAUGAUAAAGGAAAAAUGGAGUGUGCUGAUGCUCAUGUGUUUACUGUAAUAAUCUGCGACUUCCCAUGAACAAGUGUUUUGGUCACAGGACUUAGUCCUCUGUGCACACAGAGAUGACCUGGAAGAUGCUGGGAAUGGUCUCCAGAAUCAGACAUGACAGCACAGAGGCCACUUUCCUUCCUGGAUGAGAAAAGAUAUAGCUACUCUGGUGCAUGGACACCCUUUGCUCCCAGCCCCUGAAAAAUCUGCUCUUUCUGUUUUUUACACACCCAUAGAACUAAAUAAAGAACCGUAAUAAACAGCCUGAGUAUUUCAUUAUCAAUA